AUGUUCACCUGCGACAAAGCUCUGCGCCAGACCACCGCAGGGGCGUUGAGGGUGCAGAACUCGGGAUCCAUGCCGGCCGGCGUGCAGCCCUCCUGGGUCGCGGGGUGGGUCGCGGGGUGGGUCGCGGCGCGGGUCGCGGCGCGGGACGGGACGCUCGCGGACGAUCCGCUGGCCCUCGUGGAGCGGGUCAAGGCGCGGCAAAGGACGGGCGGGGCACACCAGCGGCAUGAUUUUUGUCGCGCCAACAAGGCGGUGGGGGGCCCUGGCGCCUACGAUCCCGCGCGCCACGAGCCUGGCGUCCUCCGCCGGUUUCUAGCGCUCACGGGGAAACGCCCAGGCUGCUACGACUAUUUCGAGUUGGCCCUCACCACGCUAAGCCGCCGUUCUCUUAUCGCGCGCGUUCGGGGCGUCAUUCGCUCGUCCCCGGAUAGCCUUGCACAGUGGGGGUGGCACACUAUCGACUACAAGAAGCCUGGCAAAGGCAGAGCCCAGCCCUACAUUGUACCCCUGCACGUCAUCGUCGCUUUCAUGCGUGCUCGCGCCGGGCGCGCCGGGCACGAGAGGACGUCGGUUUACGUCCCCGUGGGCGCGCAGGCCGCGGCGGCCCUCGCGGAGCGGGCCGCGCCGCCCCGCGGCCGGAGCCGCGGCCUCGCGGGCAGCGUGGCGCCCGGGGACGUGAUGAUCACCAUGACGAGCGGCCGCCUGGAGAGAUCUGGUGCAUCCGCACGCUGGAGAGCACGAGGAGACCCCGAGCGCACAUUGCACCACUCCGAGGCGCUGGUCUGGGUCACGCCCGGGGGCAAGGCGGCGCGCAGCAAACGCGCGCGGCUGCGCCUCGGCAGGCAGCGCUACCUCUGCAGGCUGGGCGCGGGCGGCCAGCCUGGCACCAGGAGCCCGUCGGACUCCAUCCUGAGGUUCAUCCCCCUGAAGGCGGACCGGGCUCUGCCGGGGAAGCUGCUGCAGUCCAUGGCCGCGUGUUGUUGGCGCACGGCGGACGUGGCGGCACUCUGCGCGGGCCGCCGCUAG